UUUCUUGCAACUUGCAUGCAAUUGCAAUUUUUAUUGCUCCAUGUCAAGCGGGCUUAACACACACGUAUUCCAACGUUUUCUAAAACCGCUAUACCUAAGAAUAAUUGUUAUGUGAGUGUUCCUAGAUAUCCUACAAAAUUGUGACCAUAGUUUUCCCAUAAAAACUACGUCUUUGUCUUUCUGGGUGGCGGUGCAGAACCUUUUAUGAUCCCAUGCUACGGACUCUUGUUUCGUAAGAAAGCGCUUAGGGUGUUUCCAGGACUCUUACCAUUUACAUUUACCUCCCUUGUAUUGCCAUUAGAGUAACAAAAAGUAAGAAAAAAUUCUAAUAAUUUGUUUGAAAAAAUGUAUUCAAAAAAGAUCAAUUAAAAUGAGCGAAUUUUGGAAUACUUAUCGCUUUCAAAGCAGCGUUAGAUUCGGCCCUAACUAGCGCAACAUUUCCUCCCCUGAAUGGACCUCGUAUCCCUUACGGUUUCCGAGAUCACAGGCAAUGGCACAAUUGAAUUUGGGACAGCCUGUACAGUUUUAGGAUAACUUGCGCGAAGUAUGCGUAGUACACGAAAACCGCUUUGACAGAAGCAGAAAUAGGUCCUCGACACUCGACAGAAGCAAAAAUGUCUAAAUGAUGCAAGGAAAAUUUAGUAGAGCGCACGUGUCCUUUCAAUUUCUCUAUUAAUCUGUAUGGAUUCACGCGGCGCUCCACACGUGACUAUUUUGGCGGGAAAUUUGAAAUGGACUUUGUAAUAGGCGCGUUGGCGGCCUCAGGUGCGGGAUUUUUCACAAAUCCCUUAGAUGUCCUAAAGACACGUAUGCAACUGCAGGGAGAGCUGCGUGCGCGAGGACAACACGCGGUGCACUAUCGCAACGUUUUCCAUGCAGCAAUUGUCGUAGUGAAAAACGAUGGAAUUUUAGGAUUGCAAAAAGGUUUACCGGCCGCUGUUGUGAUGCACGGUAUUCGAAAUUGCGUGCGACUGGGAGGCUACCAGUGGGCGCACAAGAGGGGAUAUGUAACUGACGAGCACGGGAAGACGGUGUUUUACAAAGGAUUUUGCGUGAGUGCGCUUACAGGUGCCGCCGGUGCUUUUUUUGGUAGCCCCCUAUUUCUCAUUAAAACACAAAUGCAAUCUCAAAGCACAAAAUCGGUCGCCGUUGGUUAUCAGCAUGGCCGUACAGGGACUCUGUCUGCAAUUAAAGAAAUAUACACGGAACAUGGGAUUCGUGGACUGUGGAGAGGAGCAGGUGCGACCAUGCUAAGAGCGGUAGCAGGAUCAUCGGCACAAUUAACAUCGUUCGCUAUGACCAAGGAUUUAUUAAACGAUUACCACAUCUUCGAUAAUUCUCCCACAUUACGGACAUUUUCUGCCAGUAUUGUAGGAGGGGUGUUUCAAGCGCUCGCAAUGCAACCAUUCGAUUUAGUUUCCACACGCCUAUACAAUCAGCCCGUCGACGAAAUCGGUACAGGUCUACUGUACAAAAAUAUACCAGACUGUUUCCGAAAGAUAUGGAAAACGGAGGGUGUCUUCGGAUUUUAUAAGGGGCUGACGGCGCACUAUAUGAGAUUAGGGCCUCACGGAGCGCUGACCCUCGUAUUUUGGGAUUCGCUCAAGGAUCUUCAAAAGACCUUCCAAUCAAAACAUCAAAUAUCUUAGUAUUAUAGUACAGUUAAUGUAGCCCUUACUAAUCUAAUUUAUUUAUUAGUGUAUAGUUAUUAGAUAGAUAAAUGUAUGUUGAACAA